AGGGUGAAUUUGCUAACUGACUCCGGCCUAAGUGGAGUCGCAGACACGUCCUCAAUCUGAAAACUCAUUGAGGCUCGAUCUGGAUUUGGCGAUUUGAAUUUUUGAGUAAUCGCAAUGCCAUUUCAUAUGAAAAUCCAACCGAUCGACGAUUCCGAUGUAUCGGAAGAGGUACCUUUCCCGGAGACGAUGAGACAAAUGCCAAAAUCGAGGUUGAAGCGUCUCUUUGAGCGUCAGUUCACUAAUAAGAACGUUUCGGAGAAAUUUUCCGGCUCAGAUGUCGAGGCACCUUUAUCCAGAGGUAACUCUGGAGAUUUUGAGCCGAGCUCGGUUUGUUUGGCGAAGAUGGUUCUAAAUUUCAUGGAAGAUAACAAUAACGGCGAGAAACAGCGGUGUGGCCGUAGCCGAUGUAAUUGCUUUAGCGGGAGUGGUACAGAGAGCUCUGACGAUGAAACUGAAUGGUCUGAUGGUUUCAAAUGUUCUUCUGGUGAAGCUUGUGAGAUCCUCAAGAGUUUGGUUCUCUGUAAGAGCAUCCGUGAGAGGAAUUUGCUGAGUGAUGUGACCAAGAUUGUCGAAACAAGUAAGAAUUGCAAGCUUAAAGACGAAUCAUGCUUGGAAAGUGUGGUUAAUGGGUUAGUGAGCUUAGGUUAUGAUGCGGCUCUGUGCAAAUCUCGCUGGGAGAAAUCGCCUUCUUGUCCUGCUGGGGAAUAUGAGUAUGUAGAUGUGAUAAUGAAAGGUGAAAGACUGUUGAUCGACAUAGAUUUCAAAUCGAAGUUCGAGAUUGCUCGUGCAACAAAGACAUACAAGUCGAUGUUACAAACUCUGCCUUACAUCUUUGUUGGGAAAGCAGAUAGGCUGCAGAGGAUCAUCAUCCUUAUAUGUAAAGCAGCAAAGCAGAGCUUGAAGAAGAAAGGACUUCAUGUGCCUCCAUGGAGGAGAGCUGAGUAUGUGAAAUCCAAGUGGCUGUCUUCUCAUGUACGUGCAGAUCAACACUCAAUUGAGAAAGAUAAGCAAGAAUCAGUAGAUAUGAUCACUGAAUCUGUCGGUUCCAUAGUCUUUGGUGUCUGAAGGUUUUAUAUAUAUGGCAUAACCUUCUAGAGAGGUAUGAGAUAUAGGAGUAUUCGAAUCCCUUAAUAGUUUUUGAUGUCAAGGGUAUGUUACAGGAUCCAUGCACGCGUAGAAGUGGCUCCCCUUUUGUCUUCUUUUUUUUGGGUGUAAGGGAGAGUGUGAUCCAACUCUAUGGUUGUUACUCUAUGAGGAUUAAUAGUAUUUUAUGUUUUUGAGACAUUGGUAAAUCAUAAAUAUCAUUGUGGACG